AUGAACUGGGGGAUCUUCGAGGGGCUCCUAAGUGGGGUCAACAAGUACUCCACAGCCUUCGGGCGCAUCUGGCUGUCUCUGGUCUUCAUCUUCCGAGUGAUGGUGUACGUGGUGACAGCUGAGCGUGUGUGGAGUGACGACCACAAGGAUUUCGACUGCAACACCCGCCAGCCGGGCUGCUCCAACGUCUGCUAUGACGAGUUCUUCCCCGUGUCCCACGUGCGCCUCUGGGCCCUGCAGCUCAUCCUGGUCACGUGCCCCUCGCUGCUGGUGGUCAUGCACGUGGCCUACCGGGAGGCACGGGAGAAGAAGCACCGAGAGGCAGUGGGGGAGGACGGCGGGCGCCUCUACGCGAACCCCGGCAAGAAGCGGGGUGGGCUCUGGUGGACGUAUGUCUUCAGCCUGGUGUUCAAGGCCGGCAUAGACAUCAUCUUCCUCUACCUGUUCCACUCGUUCUACCCCAAAUACACCCUCCCUCCUGUGGUCAAGUGCCACGCGGCUCCGUGUCCCAACAUAGUGGACUGCUUCAUCUCCAAGCCCUCGGAGAAGAACAUCUUCACCCUCUUCAUGGUCGCCACAGCCGCCGUGUGCAUCCUGCUCAACCUGGUGGAGCUGGCUUACCUGGUGAGCAAGAGGUGCCGCGAGUGCCUGGCAGCGAGGAAAGCCAGGGCCGCCGGCGCCUCUUCCUGCAAACAGGAGGACCUCCUCUCAGGGGACCUCAUCUUCCUGGGCUCAGACACUCACCCUCCUCUCUUACCAGACCUCGCUCGAGACUAUGUGAAGAAAACCAUCCUGUGAGGGGCUGCCUGCGCUGGGCUGGCAGGGUGGGCCCAGCAUGUCACGGGCGCAGCCUUUGCGGUGGGAAGCUCCUGCCACCUGCCCCAGCUGUGUGGCCUUGGGCACUUCCAUUUCCUUCUGUGUAAAAUGGAGAUGAUGAGGCCACCUCGUUGGGUUGUUGCUAUGAGGAAGAGUUUAAUGAGAGACCAGAUGUGCAAGCUACUUUCAUGUGUGGGGCCCGCGGUCAGGGCUUAAUAAAAGUUCACUCCUCCACUGAUUCAAGGUGCCCUUUGGUUCCUCGGCCUUGGUGACCCUUAUCGGGUCAUUCAGUCCCUCUCUCUGCCCCUGGUCCAGCCAGAUGAGAGGCCAUCCUCUCCCCCAGAAAGGGUGCCCAGCACUCCUAGGGGUCAUGCUGCCUGCUCAUGCCUUUAAUCUCAGCUGCAGGUUUAGGCCUGCAGAGAGAAUGCAUCUUAGAAUGUGGGGAGCGGCGUCGAGCCGUCAAAAGUUCAGGACUUGAGUCGGAACGCUUGCAUCCAGCCCAGGUUUCAUCGGGACUCUGGGAAAGUGACUUCGGCUCCUCUCCAAAUACGUUAAUGUACCUGUGGGGUUGUUCAGAGGACUGAUGAGCUCAUGGUUGUGCAUGGGGUUAGCCGGCUGUAAAAGGCCACAUAAAUGUUAAUCAUUGGUAUUAGGGUGCGCUGGAUAAAUGCUUGUGGGAAAUGAGGCCCAGCCCCUCCCUGGCUACACAUUAACCUUCACUGCCCUGAGGCCCCUCUGCAGUCCCACUGGGUCCCACUCCGGCUUCCCCGGAGGCCGGGCCACAGAGGACUGACAGCUGGGGCAUGUCAUGCUGCCAACCUGCACUCCUUGUCUCCACCAGGGCAGUGGGUUCCCUCGACUAGAACAGUCAGCCCCUCCCACAUCCCCUACACGCCUUACCAGCAGCCCAAGCUCUAGUCCCUAGAGAGCCCCCACCAGGGUAGGAUGCUGAAUCAAGAUUGCCCCUUUCCAUAGAUGUCAGCUGCUGAGGACUUCAGAACCAGCCUUCUACAGACAGGAGCAGGAGAGAGGCCUGGGGACAAGGGGCAAUGAAGCAACAAAAAGUAGACAGAAGCAAUGCCAUUGUUGCUGGCCCGGGAGAAUGAGGAUACCAGGCAGGCUAUUGCCCCCCCACCCCCGCCCCUCACUGCAGUCUCACCCACAUACCUGCCAGACGAGGUAGCUCGACCCAGCCAUGCCCAGCCAGGCUGGAGAAGGCGUGGGCCAGGAGCAAAGAGCCACAGGUGUUUGCUCUGAAUAUGUGCCCGGGGAAGUCCGCCAGCCUGCCUGCCCACCCGCUCACUCUCCUUGGCUCAUUGGCUCAGAAAGCCCCACCCAGCAGGGCAGUAAAGAACAAAAGCUGCCUCUGGGAGGCCCUCAGGCAGACGGGGCCAGACCAGGGACUGGAGAGAGGCUCUGGGACCCAAGAAAGGUAAGGACCAAAUUGGGCAGGAGGCUGGGCUGGGAAGCAGGGACCAACAGGUCUAAGGAUCCCAGGGAACCUUGGUUGUGGACUGGGCUCCAGGGAAAAGCAGAGGGGACUGAGAAUCCCUGGGGGGGGG